AUGACGGACAUUGACUACAUCGAGUUCGGCCUUUGUGACCAUAACGUUUGUCGACGUUGCUACGAUACAGCUGAAAGUGCUGAUCACGAAGGCAUACAUGGAUGUUGUAAUGCCGAUUGUCUCGAACUAGCAAAGAAAGAGACUACGCGCAAGAGAAAAGUUGUUAAAAGAGCGGAAAAACGACGAGCAAGAAGGCUCCGCAGCGAAGACUCGUUCCGGAUGCAAUAUGAUGACAGCGAGCUGCAAAAGUUCGUGGAUGGGCUCAACAUUCACAGAGAUGCCAGAUCCGGCAGACUCCAGUACGACGGAGUAAGUUAUUGA